AGAUCUUGGCUCGUUCACGUUUGGGCCAGGCUCAACUCUCUCGAGAACAGGGUAUCGAAAGGGGAUUGGGGGUGGUGCCAACUGCGAAGCCACUUGCUCCGUCGUGAUUCUCGUGAAUCGAAAGUCUCCGCACUUUUUGAAGUUGGAGUUGUUCAUUUCAUUUCCCUCCAUUAUUCUCUCCCACAAGUUAGGGCUCGAUUCUCUCAUGGUCGCCGUUCGACGAUAACCAUCCGAGUGAGUCUUCUCGCAUAAUUAUUCCAAGACAGCCGAUUCGAAGUACUUGCACAUGGAUUCCACAAAUCAAGUUCGCUCAUUCUCAAUUAAACUAUGGCCCCCCAGUCAUAGUACGAGGUUGCUGCUUGUGGAGCGAAUGACCAAGAAUCUUACCACUCCGUCCAUAUUUUCCAGAAAAUAUGGUCUUUUGACUAAAGAAGAAGCUGAGGAGGAUGCCAAGCAAAUUGAAAGACUGGCUUUUGUUUUUGCAAACCAGCAUCAUGAGAAGGAGCCGGAUGGUGAUGGAAGUUCAGCAGUGCAACUUUAUGCUAAAGAAUCCAGUAAACUUAUGCUUGAAGUUCUCAAAAGAGGCCCCAUAACAAAGGAAGCUGAGGAAGUGAUGAUAUCUGAGAAAGUUAAAGCGUCUGGUGAAAUUAUUUUUGACAUAUCUGGAGGCCGGCGGGCUUUUAUUGAUGCAGAGGAGGCUGAAGAGUUGCUAAAGCCACUGAGGCAACCAGGAAAUAAGUAUUAUAAGAUAUGUUUCAGUAAUAGAAGUUUUGGCCUGGAUGCAGCUCAUGUUGUUGAGCCAAUCUUGGCAUCGCUCAGGGACCAACUAACAGAAGUUGACCUAUCAGAUUUCAUUGCCGGAAGGCCAGAGGAUGAAGCUAUUGAAGUGAUGAAUAUAUUUUCAUCAGCACUGGAAGGCUGUGAACUUAGGUAUUUGAAUCUCUCAAAUAAUGCCUUAGGUGAAAAGGGUAUAAGGGCAUUUGAAGCGCUCCUAAGGUCACAGAAUAAUUUGGAGGAACUGUACUUGAUGAAUGAUGGAAUCUCGGAGGAAGCCGCACGAGCAGUGUGUGAGCUGAUUCCUUCCACUAAGAAACUUAGAAUCCUUCAGUUUCAUAAUAACAUGACAGGAGAUGAAGGGGCAAUUGCUAUUUCUGAACUUGUGGAACAAUCUCCUUUGUUGGAGGAUUUCCGGUGUUCUUCUACUAGGGUAGACUCCGAGGGUGGAGUUGCAUUGGCUAAUGCUCUUGGAAAAUGUUCUCAUUUAAAGAAACUGGAUUUACGCGACAAUAUGUUUGGUGUGGAAGCUGGAGUUGCUUUAAGCAAGGCUUUGUUGGGAUUUUCUGAUCUCACUGAGAUUUAUCUCAGUUAUUUGAAUCUUGAGGAUGAGGGAUCCAAAACUCUUGCUAAUGCUCUGAUAAAAUCUGCUCCUUCGCUUGAGGUGUUGGAUAUGUCUGGAAAUGAUAUCACCAUCAAAGCAGUGCCUGAUUUGGCAGCCUGUAUUGCUGCAAAGCAAUUUCUCACCAAGUUAAAUUUGGCUGAAAAUGAAUUGAAGGAUGACGGUACUAUUUUGAUUGCAAAGGUACUGGAAGAAGGUCAUGGGCAAUUAAGUGAAGUUGAUCUGAGUGCUAAUGGAAUAAGAAGGGCUGGAGCUAGGGUAUUGGCUCAAGUUGUUGUGCAGAAACCUGGGUUUAAGUUGCUGAAUCUCAAUAGUAAUUUCAUAUCUGACGAAGGGGUUGAUGAGCUGAAGGGGAUAUUCAAGCGUGCUCCGGAUAUGCUUGGGCCUCUGGAUGAGAAUGAUCCAGAAGGAGAAGACCUUGACGAGGAGGAUGAAGAGGAGGGGGCUGCUGAUCAUGAGGAUGAAUUGGAGUCCAAGCUUAAGGAUCUCAAAAUUAAGCCAGAGGAGUAGGAGUUGAGAACGAAUCACCUUGCUUGAUCGGGCAUCACCUUGUAGUGAAGUCUUGGCAUGUUAGUACUAUUACUUUCAGGAAGGCUGGAUUCAUGUGUGAUCUGUUAUACAAACGGUAGAACAGAUUCAUCCUUUCAUAGUUCCUCUCACAGGAAUUGUUGUUUUUUUUUUCCUUCAAACUUUGGGAAUAGUUUGCUAGUUGUAUGUUCUAAUGUUCUCUGAGAAUCUUGAUUCUGCUUGAGAAUCUUUGGAUA